ACUCCCUCCCAGCCACACUCUCGCCUUCCAACGUUCGUAGGCCAAAUAUCUAGCCCUAGAAAAUGGCCAUUAUCCUCUCUUCAUCUUGUGGAGCGCCUUAGACGUUGUAUAGGCUUCCAACAAGGGGACUGUUCCACUAUUUCUGACCAGGUCGCUUUGGAGGCUCUUCGAAACCAAUGUUUCUCUAGGGGCCAAACUGAUGUCAAGAAUAUGCCAGCUGAGUGGCGUCAUUGGUAUCGUUGCUCAGACAACCACGUGAAUCUGGUCAGUUUGGCCACUGUGCUGUCCGCUCAAGCGUACAUUCUCUUCUACGAGCGCGUCGCGUGA